CGCCCCUCCACCGGCCUGGCCGAGAUCCUGGUGGUCCUGGGCGGCUGCGAUCGCGACUGCGACGAGCUGGUCACCGUCGACUGCUUCAACCCGCGCACCGGGCACUGGCGCUACCUGGCCGAGUUCCCCGAGCACCUGGGAGGGGGCUAUAGCGCCGCCGCCCUCGGCAACGACAUCUAUGUCACCGGAGGCUCAGACGGCUCACGGCUCUACGACUGUGUUUGGCGCUACAACUCCAGUGUGAACGAGUGGACAGAAGUGUCCCCCAUGCUGAAAGCUCGCGAGUACCACAGCUCUGUAGUCUUGGAUGGGCUGUUGUACGUGGUGGCUGCCGACAGCACCGAGCGCUACGACCACACACUGGACAGUUGGGAACCCCUUCAGCCCAUGAUGUACCCCAUGGACAACUGCUCCACCACUGCCUGCCGUGGGAAACUCUAUGCCGUCGGCUCCUUGGCUGGGAAAGAAUCUAUGGUGAUGCAGUGCUAUGACCCAGAGCUGGACUUGUGGUCUCUGGUGAACUGCGGGCAGUUGCCACCUUGGUCAUUUGCGCCCAAGACUGUUACGCUGAGUGGGCUGAUGUAUUUUGUCAGAGAUGACUCUGCUGAAGUGGAUGUCUACAACCCGGCAAAGAAUGAAUGGGACAAAAUCCCUUCUAUGCUCCAGGUGCACGUUGGGGGAAGUCUAUCUGCGCUUGGUGGGAAGCUUUACGUCUCUGGUGGCUAUGACAAUACGUUUGAGCUGUCAAGUAUGGUGGAAUGUUACGAUCCUGAGACGCGAAAGUGGAGUGUGGCAGGGAAACUGCCAGAGCCGAUCUUCUGGCACAGCAGCGUCAGCAUUUUCCGACAGUUUAUGCCAGAGACCCUGCAAGAGGAAGAGGAGCGCCCUUUGGAUAAUGCCUUCAGCUUGAACCAACAGCUCCAGAAUCUCCACAAUCAGAAUUUGAAUGAGUUGCGUUAACAGGGGAACACUUGUGCCUGAGGUUUUUAAGUCAGUGUGUUGACAGGAUCCAGGAUCCCUCCUUCAGGAGGCAGGCAGAGAGCUUUGAGGACUGAGGUGUGCAGAGGAGGACUCAUGGUCAGAGAGGACUCCUCUUUGGUUGCAAAGGAUUUCUUCGAGAUCACCAGCCUUCCAACCUUCUUCCCAUCUCUUGGCCAGAGAAGGGCAGCUUUUCAGGUGAAUUCGCACCAAAGGAAAGCUGGGGAAGAAGGGGAAAUUUGGCUUUUAGCUCAUCUACCCCAGGAUUUCAUGUAAGAGCUGGAAACCUCUCGUCAAGAGCUUUGUUUGGGCCCCAUUCUCGUGAGAACAUCAGGGGGUGUCUUAUUGGGUCAACUGAAGGGUGGCAUAGAUUAGAUAAAUCCAUGGGCAGCCUUCUUUAAACUGAAUAGAGGGUGUGUCUGCUCAGCUUUCAGGGAUUGCACUCUGACCCACAAAUGGCAGUGCCUCCCAGCUCGCCAACAUCAGUGGGGGCUUUUUGGGUUAGGUGGGGAAAGGGGGGAUAAAGACCUGACAGUAGUCUGUAAAAUUAUGCAUGGUCCAGAGAAGGUAGGUAAAAAGAAGUUUUGCUUCUCUUGCUUCUUCACCCAAUGUAGAAUUAAAGAACAGAAAGUUCCCAGCCACAGAAUGCAGUGAUGGGUCACUGGCUACAUCUGGACAGAUGUAGGCUACCAGCAGACGUUCCUGGCAAACUUCAUUUGCUGUUUGGAACUUAAAGACCCUUGGUUCUCAAUCUGAGGAGGUGUGCUUUGGUGGGGUGUGGUCGCUGGAAAAAAUAGAAGGGAAGCAGGAGACAGGAAGUUUAAAAUUUUAUCAGCGCAAACAGCUUUCUGUGAUAGUCUAUGUUCUAGUAAUCAAACUCCCCUCCCCCAAAAAACCAGCUGUGUUUAAUUUUAAAUCAUGAAGUCAAAUUUUGGUACAAGAGAACUGGAUGAUGGUAACAGAGUUUCUGGGUGUCUCAAAUGUUUUGGGAACUGCUAUAGACACAACAUAGGUUGCUGAAAACCAGGAACUGGGAACAUUCUGCUUCUUUGCUCCUCUGCUGCUUUUGGCUGCUGAUCUUGGACAUGUGGGGUUGGAUUCCAGAUUGAGGCACUUAGUGUGGCUUGGUGGUCAGAAGCAGACUCCACUGUCAUUCCCUCACCCUCACCACAGUAGAAUCAGAGGGGAGACCUUGCUGGGGGUGGUGGUAUUCCCCCAAAAUAAUGGGGAAGCAGCUGCCAUCAGAAGCAGCUCCUGCAGCCAACCUGUGGCAUUCUUAAGGUGCCCCAUGGCUCAGUUCCUUCCUCAGCCAGUGUGCUACACUUGCAUUUCUGUCCUCCCUUCCUGGUGCACAACCAGGCCUCAGAGGAGCAGUUAAAAGUGUGAUCAGCAGGUUUCAUUUGCCUCUGGAAAACUGAGGGGAGAGUGUGUCUCUCCAGCCCCUAUUUGAUCUAACAAACCAGGGACUGGGUGCAAAGACUCAUGCUGCAAAAGGACACUCCAACAACUGCAGAAUGGUCCCAGGAGAGUCUCCUGCUGGAGUCCAACGAGGAGAGCAGAUGCUGAGAAUCCCUCCCUCUUUGACUCCAUCACAGUUCAUUUAUAAUUCCCACCAGUCCUCCUGAAAGAUUAUACCUUAAUCGUUCCCAUGUUAAGAGAGCUGUUGCAAGACCUGUCAUAGAAAAGGCGGGAAACAGUGGAGCAUUUGUUAAAACUAGGGGAUUGCCCGUUGAGGAGGAAGCCAAGGGAAAAGACAGGCUAAUCAGUCAGUACCUGGAUAUGGAGGUCCCUGUAGCGUUUGGGAAACAUUUUGGCAUCCAGGCUGAAUACCUUGUCAUCCUCCCCGCUGGCACCUUUUAAUGCCUUUCAGGGAUGUGUUUUGAAGAGAAUGCACAUUGAGCAAGUGAUAAGGAAAGAGCAGGGAAGGCCUGUGUGUUCUUGGGAAGAAUGACAAGAAGAACCUAAACCUUAUGCAUAUUCUGAACAGUCUCUGAUAAGGUGGUCUGUUCUGAACAUUGAGUAGAAACGGCGUAGAUGCCAGUAAUACUUUUGAUGUGGAAGCUGCACCUCUUUUGAAGCAGUAACAGGAGAGCUCUCGAUACUCAUCGAAGGAAGUAGCAGCAGAUUGCACAUGCCAAACUACUUGGGUGCCUUUAUGCUUUUGAGAAGAUUAGUUACCUCCAAGUCACUGAGUGGAAUUGUUCUCUGAGAACUUCCACUGUUUUGUAUCAUUUAGCAAAGGUCUAGUUUUAACUUAUUUUUACAACUGAGCUUGACUUUUUGUAUUUCACUUGAACCAGCAUCUCUUAAUCAAGAGAAGCUUCGUCUAAUUCUUCUCUGUGGAGGGUCUCCGCUUGUUCUUAUGAGGCUUGAAUUGACACACACUCUGUUAAAAAAUAAAAAGCAGCAUUGUGUUGUGCUCUGCAACAAACCCAUUGCUUCAUCUGUUGUUGCUGGAGGAUCACAGCAUGAUUGCUGGCGCCCUGCAGACCCCAUCAAAAUUACUGUUUCAUUUAGGACACCAUCCUCUCACAUCCAUACCCUGAGUGGCCAGCUUUGGUGAGGCAUUUUUUUUAGUGAGCUAGGGAGGCUCAUUUUUUUUUAAAAAAAAGGAUCUCCCAGCUAAGCAGGGUCUUCAUGCAAGGUAGCUUUAAGCAAUGCUCAGUUUGCAUCAAGGGAACAAAGGUGUUGAGGUGGUAUGAGGACCCUCUGCUGCUGCCCUCAGGUUUAGGUGGAUGCUGUUGCACCAAGAGCACAGAGCCACACAUGGCUGUUUCUGGUGCACAGCAAACCAUCAGGAAGCUGCAGGAAAAUUGGUCAUUUAUUUAUAGGAUUCUCACGCAUAUACUCAAGCGGCAGCAAAGUGAGAGGCAAGGAGGGAGAUGCUGCUCCUGAACUCUCUUUGCACUAGUGAAGGAAGGGGAUGUACCAAGAGAGAAAUGAAUAGACACAGUUUUGUGAGGGCUAAACCUGCAUGCAAAACCAAUGCACCUGGAGGAUUUCCAGGAGCAGAAAGCCACUUUUGGUGGGGGAGGGGUAUUUGUCACCCACACCCUCCAUCAUCCUUCUGAGUGACAGGAACCCUGCAGCUUCAUUUUCGUCAAAUGUUAUGUCCAGCCGUCCCUUGUCCCCACUUCCCCAGCAAUGCUGAAAUCUAACCCUCUUGUGCCCACCCUCCCCAUUCCUUUGAGGGAAGGAUACAUUAGGAAGGGGUUGCUUUCUCUUAGGUUCCAGCUGUUUACAGACAUUUGAGCUGCUGCUGCUGACUUGCAACAACUUGAUUUAGUAUCACUUCAUGUGUAAAGCUAAUUUUCAUCAGGGUGCAUUUGAUUUAAAUUCAAAGAUUGCAUUUUUAAAAAAUGAUUUAUAUCCAAAGAAACAACAAUAUUUGGGAUUUAAAUCAAUGAUUUUAUAUGAUCAUUUAUUUUUAUCCACCCUGAUUUUUGUGCUGGGUUGUACAGGAUACUUUUGUCCUAUUCUGUGCCAGAUCUUUAUCCUCUUCGAAGCUCUAGAACCAAAUAACCUUGUAUUUAUUAUUUAACUUUAGUGCAGAUAGCUGUGUUUGGCCUUAAAUAUUUUGUUAUAAUGUCCUUUGAAACAAAAGUAUUAUCUUACAUUUUGUAAAAAAAACAAAACACACACAACCCUUUUAACCUUUAAAAUAAUGUGUUAAAUAAAGGUGUGCUUAAGGAA